CCAUGGCUCAGAGCUUGAAGGACUUUGCUGGACGGUUGCCUGCUGGCCCUCGUGGAAUGGGCACAGCCUUGAAGUUGCUGUUAGGUGCUGGAGUGGCAGCCUACGGUGUCCGGGAAUCCGUCUUCACUGUGGAUGGUGGUCAGAGAGCAAUAUUCUUCAAUCGCAUCGGAGGAGUUCAGCAGCACACCAUUCUUUCUGAGGGACUGCAUUUCAGAAUUCCAUGGUUUCAGUACCCAGUAAUCUACGAUGUCCGAGCUCGGCCCCGCAAAAUCUCCUCACCAACAGGUUCCAAAGAUCUGCAGAUGGUGAACAUCACCUUGCGUGUUCUGUCACGCCCCAACGCCGCGGAGUUGCCCACCUUGUACCAGCGCCUUGGUCUCGACUACGAAGAAAGAGUCCUACCUUCCAUCGUCAAUGAAGUGCUCAAAAGCGUGGUGGCGAAGUUCAACGCCUCGCAGCUUAUCACCCAGCGAGCUCAGGUGUCUUUGCUUAUCCGGCGGGAGCUGACAGAACGGGCCAAAGACUUCAGCCUGAUUCUCGACGACGUGGCCAUCACAGAGCUGAGCUUCAGCCGGGAGUACACGGCGGCCGUGGAGGCCAAGCAAAUGAAGACAAACUCUCUCCCCGCGUGCACCAAGAGAGACGACAUGCCGUCCCCUCUUGCCACCAUGAGGCAGAAGGGCCUCUCCCCAUCUGAUUCCAUCCUUUAG